CUAUAUAAAUAUAUUUUGUAUAAACAAUCUAAGGACAAAACUGCAGAAAUGGACCAACAAUGCUUGGGCCAACUUGACUUCAACUUCAAGUCGGCUGUCAACUUGGCUAACCAGGAAAUCAAAUGUUUACCCAUUGAGAAGAACCCGUUCUAUAUACCAUACGAUUGCACCGAUCUCUAUUUAUGGAGGAAGGAAUCUAAUUUGAGCCAGCUCAAACUGAAGACAUUGAAAAAGAAAAAUAUCUUAAGGAAACCUAUUUUGCAACGUCUGCAAACCCAAUCACAGGCCCAUGGCAAGGAUUGGCUGAAACAAUGCAAAUCGGAUUUGGAAUGUGAAAUCACUUGGGUGAACUCUUUAGAUAUCAAAAAAGUGGACAAGACACGAGCAUAUAGCAUGAGCGACUUACAGGAUGAGUGCGAGAGGAUCCCAUAUAAUGCUGGUGAUAUUGACAUUGAUGAAAUUCUCAUACCAAAACGAAUGUCUGAGAUGGCAAAAACCAUGUAUAUUAAGCCUUACGUUAAGAACCCCUCACUUACAAAUUCAAAAGAAAUCGACCUCAAACGGUAAAUUCUUACUAGAUCUAUUCACACGUUGUUAAAAAAAAGUUCGUAUGACACUUUCUGUGAAGUGAAAAGGAAAAGCUCGAGCUCACGUUCCGGUUGGAGUUCACACACACACACACGCACACAAAUGCACAUAUACGAUGAUCAUGCUGUACAUUCAGUUGGCCAAAAGAAAUUACUUGCAUAUGAAUGUGUGUGUGCACACAUACCCAACAACAAGUUCACUCAACCUUAUUUCUUGGCUACGAAUUGCCCAAAAUAAUAAAACGAACCACGAAAGCACUCGACCAUUAAGUGUAUACAAACAAAAAAAUGUCUGUUAUACUUAGUUUUUUUUGGCAAAGUUCACACACGAUUUUCCAACAGCUUGACACUUUGUUGUUGUUUUUGU